AGAAGCCUGAGAGGGGAGGAUGGGGAGAACUCCCCUGGUUCUUCUGUGGGUAGGCGGGAUCUCCUUGUCACUUGUGACCAGAAGUCUUUUAGGGGGGAUAAAGAAGACCCAGUGAAGAAGAUACUUGUCCAGGUGAAUGAAUCUAAAAUCUUCCAGAGCAUAACUGGCUUAUUCUGACACCCCAACAGGCUAGUUUUACAGAACCAACCUCAAGUACUCCUUUUUCUGUUUGUUGUCAAAAAGAAGAACCAGGCCCAAAUGAUGAGCCCUCAGAAUCUCCCCCAAAAUAAUUCUAACGAUGAAGAAAAGCCUCAAGUAAAAAGAAAAUUGGGAGAACUUCCAACUCCAGAAGUAGAAGCUAUGUUUCCCAAAGAAGAAUACAGCCUACAAAAAUUAGCUUUGGGUUCUCAGGUAGAACCAGAUGUUGUGAUACCCAGGAAUACUAAAGAUGUAUUGUCUCUCAGUAAUGAAAUUCAAAGCAGUCAAGAUGGAGAUGAUGAUGAAAUUGAAACAGCUGAUAUGGAUAGUUCAACAGAGCUAUCAGCUUAUGAAAAGAAGAGGCUAAAAAACAUAUCAGAAAAUGCUGAAUUUUUUGCAUCACUUCAUUUGUUAGAGACAGCUGCAAGGUUACGUGAAAUGAUAGCUAAAAGACCUUCUCAUGGAACCAAGAGAAAGAAGCCAAAGAAGGCAGAAGAUGAGAUUGUUUGUCGAAGAUCCAUGAGAUUAUUAAAAGUAGAUCCAUCAGGAGUCCCAUUACCAGAUCCUUCACCACAGCCUGAAUCAGUAGUUGAUCAAUAUACUCGCUUACCUCCUGGACCUUUGGAGAUGAUACCUGAAAAUCAGAAUGGCAAAAAUGAAAUGUUUAAAGGGAUUAUGCAGAUGUGGAUGAAAAUAAGCCAACCAAGAAAUAAGAGUACUAAGAAGUUAUCUAGUAUGAAAAGAUACCAAGCAAAUUUGACUGGCAUGGUUAUUAGUGAAGAUACUAUCUGCAAAGUUACGAAAAGCAGAAUAUGCUCUAUGGCUAUUCAUCCAUCAGAAACUAGGACAUUGGUGGCAGCUGGGGACAAGAUUGGCCAAGUUGGACUUUGGGAUUUGACUCAGCAACCUAGAGAAGAUGGGAUUUUUACCUUUAUUCUUCAUAGUCAAGUAGUUAGUUGUCUGAAUUUUUCACCUGCCAAUCCAGCCCAUUUGCUGUCACUGAGUCAUGAUGGGACAUUACGCUGUGGAGAUUUUACUAGAGCUACGUUUGAAGAGGUGUAUAGAAAUGAAGAAAAGGAUUUUUCAUACUUUGACUUCUUGGCUGAUGAUGCAUCCACUUUAAUAGUAGGGCACUGGAAUGCAGGUGUGGCUUUAGUGGAUAGACGGACACCAGGAACUUCAUAUGAGCAAUUUUUCCAAUCUAAUAUGAGCUUAAUAAGAACUCUUCAGGUUCACCCACUGAAUAGACAUUAUUUCGUAGCUGCUGGCGCAAGGAAUGUUCAUAUUUAUGAUUUGCGGCACCUCAAAUCAAAAGAAACGAAACCUUUGAUCUCUAUCACUGAACACAUGAAGAGCCUUGCUUCUGCAUAUUUCUCACCUUUUACUGGCAACAGAGUAGUGACUACUUGUGCUGAUGAUAAUUUGAGAGUCUUUGACACUAGCUGUAUGUCUUCCAAGAUUCCUUUGCUGACCAGAGUCAGGCAUAACAACAACACAGGACGUUGGUUGAGCAGGUUCAGAGCUAUCUGGGAUCCAAAGCAAGAAGACUGCUUUAUUGUUGGCAGUAUGGCUCGUCCAAGAAGCAUAGAUGUGUUCCAUGAGAGUGGAGAACUGGUACACUCUUUUAUUGAUGAAGAAUGCCUUGCCUCUGUUUGUUCCAUCAAUGUCAUGCACCCAACUCAGAAUAUCUUGGCUGGGGGUAAUUCUAGUGGAAGAAUUCAUGUUUUUAAGGGUUAAAAAAAAAAAAGUUGCCAAGAUUUGACUUUGACUAGAGUUGAUUUAUUUAGUUUAGGUGGUACUUAAAAACAUUGAUUUCUAGUCUUAUAACACAGGAAGUUUUAUAAAUAUGAUAACACCAAAGUGAGCAGUAUGCACUUUUCAUUUUUGGGGAGAAGCAAUAGAAAUCUGGAGUUUUUUUUUUUCUCUAAAAGUUGGGGGUGAGAAUUUGGGGGUUGAGUUGUAUACAUUUAUAUAGACAUGUUUUGAGGUACUUAAAUGUUUUGAAAAUUAUUGUAUUAAAGUUUUUGUGACCCAA